GCGUCAGAUUGACGUUAGAGAAAUUAACAGGAAGUUAUCAAAACAUUCACCUACUAUUAAUACUGGAUUCAAUUCUGAUUAUAAACGAUUAAGCUGUGCUGUGUUUAAAGGUUUAAUUAUCAGUUACGCUCAGUUUAGUAACGCAGGGUAAGAUUUUUGUUGUCCAUCAAAUACUGACUUGAAAACUACAUACUGUUGGUGGCUGCGGUGCAGCUCAUGAAUUGUGCACAGAAACUAAUGUUACGGUUAUGUCUGUCCGUUUAAAUAGGUUAUCUUCGUUUAGUUUGGUCAAAAUACGAUGAUUUUCGUGAAACAGGGACAUUUGUAGGUUAGUUUGCUGUUUUUUAACCUUUUGAUUGCUACGUAGCCGUUAGCGUUAAGAUAGUCAUGGCAAAACAUGCGGUUUUAUCAUGUGGGGCCAAAAUGUGGAAAUCUCUGGCCUGUAAGAAAUCAGAACUGCGUCUGGAUCUUACUCUUGCCUGUGGACAAACUUUCCGGUAGGUUGGCCAUAAAAAGGUGUGCAUCACGAUCAACAUGACAACUGCUAAAUAAACCUAUAAUAGGGGAGAGUGGGGUAAGUUGAGCCACCUCCUGUUGCUUGGAAAUGGUAAAAGAAAUUGAUCAUGUGACCAAAUAUUUAGGCGAUGGGCAUCAAUUCAUGGAGUCUGAGAAGGUUAGAAGCACAAAUAUGAAGGGGUUAGAUAUUUAUUUCUAAAAAAAAACAAAAAACAUUUUCACUCUUGAAAAUGAAUUUAGUCUUUCAUAAGUUUUAUUAGAUUUGUGUUCAGACCAAAAAAGAUCAUUUUAAAUUUGUUUUAUACAUCAAUUGUGGUAUCUAUGAACUACAACAUGAGGUUUCUCCCCUACUCAUGGCUAUCUAUAUCUUUGUGUAACACAUGUGAACCCACAGCUGGAAGGAAACUGCAGAAUGUCACUGGACUGGCGUGAUGGGAGGGCGAGUUUGGACUCUGACUCAAACAGAUGACACUGUUUGGUACUAUGUUUACAAUACCCACGAGGAGCAGAGAGAGAAGAGGGACAGGGUUAGAGGAGCUGGUGGUGACCCUUCGCAGCUGGAAAACAAACCCUGCAAAAGUUUCAAAGGAGCUGUGAGGAAGAUUGAGGAAGAGCCGCUGCCUGUGACUGCACUGAAAAAUACUGAGGAGGAAGAAGAACUGCUGAGAGAUUACUUUCAGCUGAAUGUGCAGCUGGGGGACUUGUACAAAGAAUGGGGGGCAGCAGACCCCCACUUCAAGGGUAUUGCAGACAUCUUUACAGGUGAGUAUGUGCAUGUUCAUGCCUGGAUGAUGUAACUUAUAGCCAACAUCUCAUUAAUGAAAUAUUUUGUCUGUUUUUUGCCCAGGUGUGCGGAUGCUACGCCAAGAUCCUACAGAGUGCCUGUUUUCCUUCAUCUGCACCUCCAACAAUCACAUUUCCCGUAUCCAGGGCAUGGUGGAGAGGCUUUGCCAGACUCUGGGUGCCCCGUUGUGCAAACUUGAUCAGACCUCUUACUACAGCUUUCCUACCUUGGCCUCACUUGCAGGUGAAACCUCAGGUCAUUCUAACCUUUUAAAUACAGUAGCCGGAGGUUUUAGGUGUUUACAUCUGUUUCAUAUCCCCUGGAACCUGAUACGAUUAUAUCUAUGAUAUAUCCAUUCAUUUUUGUGUCUGAUUAUUUUUUAAUAUAAAUUUUAGUUACUGAUAGUUCAUUUGGAAAGCAGUUUAAUGAUGAUAGUUAAUCUGAACAAACCCAUAUUUCACAUGGGUAUGAGUACUCCCUAGCCUGCAUUGUGGGAUAAGUGUGUUUUCUCAAGCUUAUUUGACAAACAUUAGGACUCUGUUGCUUGUGUUUGUAUCUUUUCCAAGCUUAAUACGUGCUGUAUCUUUAUUCAAAGUACUACAAGGUAAAAUGUGGCAGAAACCAUUUCGAAAUGACAAAAACACAGAGUGAAAGUUGUGUACUUACGAUUCCAGAGCUCAGUUAUUGAUAUGAUUUGUCUUCUAGCCCUAUAGGCCCACAUAUUGUUAUAAUGAUUAUGUUUUUUUGUCUUUGCAUUCCGUCUGUCAGAUAACAAUGUAGAAGCAUGCCUCAGGGAUCUUGGAUUCGGAUACAGGGCUCGGUUCCUUCAGCAGAGCGCGAAACAGAUUUUAGAAACCCACGGUCUCCACUGGCUUGAUGGUUUGCGCAAUGUCCCUUACUCACAGGCCCGUGAUGAACUGCGAACUCUCCCCGGUGUGGGCACUAAGGUGAUGAAGAAAAAGAAGACUGUUAAAUUUUUUUAUAAAGUCAACUUGUUUCAGUAGAUGUGAAGAGGUUGUGUAUCUUCCUGUAGGUUGCAGACUGUGUGUGUUUGAUGUCCCUGGAUAAGGCAGAGGCUGUCCCCAUAGACACACACGUGUGGCAGAUUGCUAAACGGGACUAUAACUUUACAACUGUAAAUGGACAAAAGAGCAUCACAGAGAAACUUCACAGGGAUAUAGGUUAGUGUUUUUUGACUUGAGGUGUGGUUUGUUGUGGUGUCAUACGGUUUUAGUAAUUAAAAUACUGUUUUUCUUUUAAUUAAUCGCUCUCUUUCCUAAUAUCAUAUGCCCAAACAGGAGAUUUUUUCAGAAAACUGUGGGGUCCUUAUGCUGGUUGGGCUCAUUCGGUGAGAGUUAUUUUUUUUUUUUUUACUACCUGUCAUGUACUGUAUAUAACAAUCUGUCUGCUGUAACCACAAAGUAUUUUUACCUGUCUUAGGUGUUGUUUUGUGCUGAUCUCAAGAAGUUCCAAAAGCUGAAAGAAAUGCCACAGCCAAAGAAAGAAGACAGCUGUGAAGGAGAAAUGAGAUUAGCAGGCAAGAAAACAAAAAUCAAGACAGAGACAAAUGAAACUGUGAAGAAGACAAAAACCAAGUCAGCAUGCAAGAAAGCAAAGAUGUCCAUCUAGGACGUGAAGGUGAUACAAGGUAAACACAAAUCAUCCAGAACAUUCAGAAAAAAAUCAGGAAAUUAGACAUGAGAUUCUCCACAUCUGCUUUUCUUGGUUAUAUCGAUGCUGCCCACUGGUGUUUUCAAAACAAUAAAACCAAAAAAACCUUUUCACCUUUUUUUUCUGUUCUCAUUUGGACUUUUCUUUAAAAUCACCGUUACUGUCACAGCAGCACCCACAUAAAAAAUGAUGCAAUAAAAGGCCUCUAGGUGGCAGUAUGAAUCAGAAGUUAAUGCUCUGCAGGAUGAAAUAAAAUACAUGGCCUUUUUCUUUAGCUGGCCUUUUGUAAGAUUUCAGAAAAAAAAAAAAUCCACAUUUCAGUGGGUGAGUACUCUCUGUCACGCCCCCCAGCUACUGUUACACCAUGUCCUAGCACGUCAUCUGCACACAUGGCUGAAAAGGUCAUAGAAAGCCAUAAUGUUGUGUGUUUUCACAGCUCAGUCUGGUUUUUAAUAGUAUUUGUGUGUAUGUUUGGCUGUGUGGCUAUGAAGUGUCACAGUGUCUGCAUGUUUAUCUAUAGGCAUUAGUUGACUGUGUCAGCUGUUCUUUUUAUAGCAGGGAUUGCAGUUAUCUGCUGUCACUUCUUGGGGCAAGCAUGACUGUCUCUAGUGACAGCUUGAACAUGUCUCUUUGGGAUUUGAACUGUCUCCAAGCAGUGACCGAGCAAUAUUUUUCACUUCGUUCAAGAUACAGUAUAUGAAAUAAAUUCUUCUAAUAUGAAGCAA